UUUCAUUAUAGCUGGGGACGGUUCAUCUCGUUAAGGAUACAACUCCGAAAGUCAGAGCCUCUAUACUCAGUUGGAAAAAGUGACACGGGACUAAUUUGCCUUCAAAACUGUGUGCGUUCUCUGGAGUGCUCUUCCAGAGGGCUACCUGCGAAUCACAUCACCAUUGGGGGCUCUACGGCCACGUAAAUAAUGUCCUACAGUUGAAGAUGGGAGGUAGUGGCUCCAAAAACAAAGGUUAUUGGCCUUUCGCUGGCUCAGGAAGUGUUGAUGAUUCAACCAAAGAGGGAAAUGAGCAGUCAUUGGCAAAACUUCGAAGUUUCCGAAAUGCGACUCCGUUCGUGUUUACUAGACGAAGCUCUCUAUAUUUUGAUGAAGAUGGUGACUUGGCCCAUGAGUUCUACGAAGAGACAGUUGUGACAAAGAAUGGCCGUAAAAGGGCUAAGUUUAAGAGGAUUCAGAAAAACCUUAUACCUCAGGGAACCAUAAAGCUGGAGAACCCCUGCAUCCAUGUGGAUUUUCCAGUUGUUCUCUGUGAGGUUUGAUUCAGCCUUGGGCACAUUUUCAGACCAGACUCAGACUAGUCACUGUGUCAACUCCGUCCCAGUUUCCCAUUCAACCUAGCCUACACCUGGAUACCCCCACCCUGCUAUGAAACGCCAUGGUGUCCUCUUGACGAUAUUUGAUGCCCCUUUGUGGAAAGGCUGUCUCAACAAGUGUUGAGCUUCUGCAUGUGAACACUAUGGUGUGGCUUCUGUGCAGUUUGACACAGUAGAAGGAGGAGACAUGAUGUAUGAAUGAUGUAUUUUAUGUUACACUUAACAUCAAUAUAUACAGUGCAGGUCCUGUGUGUAUGAUCGUGUUAGGGAAAAUAUGAUGAUGGCUAAUGGUCCCUGUUUGUUUUACAGCAGUGUCUUCUGGUAUAAUCCACCAAUCUCAAGGAGAAUGUACGAGUCUAGUCUAAAUUGAACUGUGGGCGUUAAGAUGAUGGUUCCUUGUCUGUAAACCAUGUCCUAGGGAGGGAUUGUCCAUCUGUACUGAGAAGCAAGGGGAAUUUUGUCGAAUUAUGUGAUUUUCCUGCAAGCCUUCAGAGCUUUCAGAAAAAAUGAUUAGGAUUCAAGAUCAGUGUCAUGGGGUUUGAGGCAGGACAUUUUGUGGAAAGGAAUGCUUUCAAUGCCUACUUAAAUUACCAUCAUGCAUGAAGCUGGCUAUGCUUAUCAGUAAUACCCCCAUGGAGUACACAAUCACUGGUCAUUGUGAUCCGAAUAAUUCAACAUAAUGUUGUGGUGUUCGAUUAAUUGGCUGUAGUGAUCAUGAUGUGACCAGGACUUAGAGACACAUGCAUGUACAGAGUUGAAAUGAAUCCCACAAGAGAUCCUCUGUUCUUUUGCUGCUGUGGCAGAAAACAUUUCACUGUUAAUUUAUUACUGUUACAAUGGUAUUGUUUUUUUAAUAACAACUCAAUGUACUAUUAUGUCUGGGUCUCUUUUUUAUGUUAUCAAAAAGCCAAUGUUUCUCUACCAUGGCUAGGAUAUUUGGAUAUUUAUGUGACAAUGGAUUAUAUUUGGAAUAGUUGACUAAAACUUGUGCUCUUAGCCUUUUUGUAUCCUAAAUUAACUCAAGUAUAAUAUAGAGGCAUAGUAAACAUGUUGUCACUGUAUUGCACUAGUCCAAGGCAUCAUUUGUGUACUAGUAUAUCUAUGUUUCAGAUUCAAAUUGUGUUUGUAUGAUUGCCACCAGAUGAUCCUCAACAAUGGCACUGUGACUUAGUGUACCUAAAGAAGCUAAGCUAAAAGAAAUGUUUGUAAUUUCAUCUUCAUUUUUUUUCUCUUCCCAAUGUUAGCUUGAAAACGAAAUAUGUAGCCUACUACACUA